CGGCGGAGCUUACACGCCUUAACUUAACUCUAACUUAGACGCGUAUCGGAACAAAUCUAAAUAAUCGACUUUUUAAGUGAAUAUUAUCGACAACUAGUGAUGUAAAUCUGUAAAUCAUUAUUAGAUAAUAUCAUGUAGCAAUGAUCUAGUAUUUAUAGACAAUAGUAUUCAAAAAGAAACAAUAAUGUGACAGUCGACAUUUUGGAUGCACGUCGUUUACAAGAUGGCGUCGAGUUCAGUAUUCAGAUUUCUGAUUCUACUCGCGGUACUCAUGUGGGUUGUCGCCGCUGAAGACGUGAGGAAAAGGCGGGAACCAUGGACUAAUGGGAGUUGGUUCACAAUGGGCCUUUUAGAGUUCGAGAAAUGGUCUAACCAAACCGACCUAUUCUCAGACAAGUCACGGAUGUGUUCUCGAAUCCGUGGUUUAACGCCUGGACAACGGCGAGUUUGCCGCAGACAUAAGGAUCACAUGCCAGCUGUCGGGAUCGGUGUGAAGAAUGGGAUAACCGAAUGUCAGCACCAAUUUAAGGACAGACGAUGGAACUGUACCGUCACCACAGAUGAUACUGUGUUUGGCCCACUGACAUUUAUUGCAUCCAGAGAGACGGCGUUCACGCAUGCCAUCACAGCUGCUGGUGUCUCGCUCUCAGUAUCUCGAGCAUGCAGAGAUGGUAGACUGUCCAACUGUGGCUGCAGCCGGGCAGCUCGUCCCAGGAACUUGCACACCGAUUGGGUGUGGGCCGGAUGUGGGGACAACUUGGAGUAUGGGUACAAGUUCACUGAAGGGUUUGUCGACAUUCGAGAGAGGGAGCGGAAGGUCAAACGCGGCAGUCGAGAACAGGGUCGGCAGCUGAUGAACCGGCAUAACAAUGAAGCCGGCAGACGGGCUGUCAUAAAGAAGUCGAGGGUUACUUGCAAAUGUCACGGCGUGUCCGGAUCUUGCAGUCUAAUCACGUGCUGGCAACAACUGGCAUCGCUACGGGAAAUCGGCGACUACCUAAGAGAUAAAUAUGACGGCGCGACCGAGGUGAAGGUGUCCCGGCGAGGGAAACUUCGACUCAGCAACCCUCACUACAGCCUGCCCACAGCACAAGAUCUCGUCUAUUUAGAAGACUCACCGAAUUACUGCGUCAAGAACUCUUCCUUAGGAUCUUUGGGAACAACUGGGCGUCAGUGUAACAGGACAUCAGCGGGCAUAGACGGGUGCGCGCUACUCUGUUGCGGCCGAGGGUACAACACCAAGAGGAUUACCACCAAAGAACGGUGCAGCUGCAAAUUCCACUGGUGCUGUCGCGUGGAAUGCAAAACUUGUGUGAAGACUGUUGAGAUGUACACUUGUAAAUAGUGCCGUCUCUUUUACUCCUAAUCUUGAUGUAUCUACUAUUUCAGGUUCACUGACUAUCAUAACUCUUAGAAGUUUAAUUGUAAAGAGGCUAUUAUC